AUGCCCAAAACUCCAAAGCUGACCGAACCAAAAGUCCAGCCAUUGUCAAAAGACGACAUUGGAAACCCGCAGGACUUCCGUCAUAUCGUCCAUAUGCGUUCAUCCUCCAUCUCACACAAUAUGCAACGGCUACAUGUUUUUGACAGUAAGUUAUCCCAGCAUUAUAAAGUUUUUGCAAUAUUUAGACGUAGAGGAAGGAGAGCGCAUGACUUCAACGGAUCAAACUCAAAGGUCUUCCAAGAGCAACGCGGACUUGUGUAGGCUCCUGGUAAGGCCUGAUUGUCCUGUACGAGGAUCCCAGUACCAUAAAGACUUGCGAAGAAUAAAAAAGAGGGCUCGGCGUGCAAGUUCUGUUGAUUUGCAAAAGUCAACAAAAGACACAAGUAGGUUCUUCGACUCUACGUAAAAAUUUUCUCCGGCCUGGGGCAGCUAUAAGUUUGUCCGAAAAGUCGCCGGCGGUGAACUCUGAUUUUUUCUAAACAUGACAUUUUCAGCUCCCCUCCGCGAUGGCGGCAAGUACAAACAUAAGCAUGAUUCAGUCUUCUACGACCUUGAAAACUCCAAAUUCUCCGACUUGGACGUUGGAAAAGGACGGUCUCGUCUUUCAAGGAACAUGUAAGACUUGCUACAAUUAGAGCUGUAAUACACUUUAAUUAUACAUUUGCAAUGGUACACAAAGAAGAUCUAAAAAGUUUUCUAACAAUAAGACCUUGUAGAACUUCCUUGCGGACCGUUUGCAAAUACAUAUAUUAUUAUUGGUAAUUAAAAUGCAUUAUAUGGUAAUUGAAAUGCAAUGAAAAUCCAACCUUUCCAGGUCAGGAAUGGUCGGUAAAUUGAUGCAUGUUCUCAAAAAGGAGCCCAUUUUAAUUUGCCCAAAUCAAAAUGAUGACAAUUCACUGCGGUGCCGAAACAAUUGCGAUGUCUCACCGGAGUUACCGCCUAAGCUUGUGUCAUUAUAUAAAGAUUUCCCAAGAGGCUUGUCGCAAAUACCUCCAAAAGCACCACAUCUACUGCUGAACAAUGAAGAAUUCCCCGUAUCCUCAAUCCAAGACGAAGAUAUGGGCGUGAAACCGGUGCCCAAAAAGCGCAUUGAAUCGGCAAAGGCGGAGGAGGAUCAAGAAGGGCCGGCAAUCAGGAUUUAUCGGAUUUAA